GUACACUAAAUGGAAGGAAAAGCCUCUUUGGAUAUGAGAAAAGGAGCAUGGACUCAAGAGGAAGAUGAUCGCCUAAAGCACUGCGUAAACAAAUAUGGAGAAGGAAACUGGAGCAAAGUACCUAUUAGAGCUGGUUUGAGUCGGUGCCGGAAAGGUUGUCGAAUGAGGUGGCUGAAUUAUUUGAAGCCAGGCGUCAAUAACGGAAAAUUUACAGAGGGUGAAGUUGAUCUUCUCCUUAGACUUCAUAAGCUUCUGGGCAACAGAUGGUCACUAAUAGCUGCUAGACUUCCGGGGCGAACAUCAAACAGUGUGAAGAACUAUUGGAAUACUCACCUUAGAAAAAAGGUAAUACUUGAGGAUCAUGAAAAACGUUUAAAAGAAAAUGAUCCCCAGAAGAUAUUAACAAAAUCCAAUAUAUUUAAGCCUCGGCCUCAGAGAUUUAAAAAAUAUUUGCCUAGAAUGAACAAUACCAAGUUUACAAAAAUUCAACCACAAAAUGACAAUCAAAGUGAGCCAUCUUCACUAGAAGACACAAGCUUAUGGGAAAGAUUGUUAGAUGACCAUGGAAACUUUGAUGAAGUAAUCACACAUUCCCUAUCUUGGUCCGAGGAGGAGCUUCUUCCAGACUUCUUUUCGAUUGAAGAACUUGAUCAAAAUCAACCGAACAUUGGGGAUAUUAUUAGUGACGAUCAUUGGAGAGACUACGUGGAUCUGAACCUUUGGUGUCCGUUUGAUAAAUAGAAAGGAAUUGGAUUUGAACCAGACCACUAUUCUAUAGGGCGGCGUUAUUGGCACGGUUCUAAAGGUUGUUGCCAUGGAUCUUGAAAAGCAGUGUUUUAAUUUCCAUUUUCGUCCUUUAACUCUCUUGCCAUUUACAGAAAGAGAUUGUGGUAAGGAGGAAGGAGAACAGAGGAGUAAAGCCGUCCGGUGUGGUAGUCGAAGUUGCCAAACUUCGGAAAUGCACUGUAGUCUAGAGACGUGGCAAUAGGGCCUCCUUAUUUAAAAUUUAGCUCAAUCAGUUUUAAUUUUAACUUUAGU